UAGAUUCGUGCAUCAUCGAAUUGAACGAAAUUAUCGACGAUGCUUACGUAGCAUUUGACAGCGGAAAAAACGUAGCGAGAAGAACAGCUGAUCAAGUGUAAGCGGUAACCCUCUUUGGUAAACAUGCGCAUCUUAUUUAGGGAAAGCUACGGAAAUGAGAAAGAGACGAUUUACGUAAAGUCAGAAGAUGGUUCUGGCGUCAACGAGAUGAGAUUUGAUUCGACCGAAACUCAACCCAUAUAUUCCCGGAUGGUAUCUAUCGUUAAAGAAAUAUUUUUGCCACAAGGAUACCCAGAUAGUGUGCAUUCCGAUUACACAGCAUAUCAGAUAUGGGACACGGUGCAAGCCUCUGCGAGUACUAUAAUGAAUACACUUGCGACCCAUUCUAUAAUGAUAGGAAUAGGAGUUGGAGAGUCAAACGCUACACCUUUGGCAGCAGCAAUAACAUGGAUUUUGAAAAGUGGUGCAGGGAUGGUCGGCAGUAUAACGUUUGCAUGGUGGAAUGGAACCAAAUUAGAUGGGCAGUGUAAAAAAUGGAGGCUAUUUGCUGAUAUUCUGAAUGACAUGGCAGCAGGAAUGGAAUUACUUGUGUCAUAUUUCUCAUCGUACUCCGUUGUAAUUCUGUGUAUCUCCACCAUUAUGAAGUCUCUUGUCGGUGUUGCUGGUGGAGCUACGAGAGUAGCACUGACUCAACACCAGGCAAUACGAAAUAAUCUGGCUGAUGUUGCUGCAAAAGAUGGGAGUCAAGAGAUGUGUGUAAAUCUAAUUGCAUCAUUCAUUGGAAUCUUUAUAUUAUCUUUAUUCCAUGAUGGACGAUACUUAAUAGAAUUGUAUCUCUUCCUGGUGGCAGUCCAUCUUUAUGCAAAUUAUUCGGCGGUUAAAGUAUUGUGUUUAGAUACACUCAAUGAAGAUCGUCUGGCUUUAAACAUUAAAAGCUAUAUGAUAAACGAGCGAAUUCCUGAACCAAAAAUAGUGAAUAAAGAAGAAUCUGUAUUUCUACUUGAUAAUCCUGCCAAAAGUAUAUGCGGAUUUGAUAUCAAAAUUGGUGUUUCAUUUGCAAGUAUUCUGAAAAGAAAUGUAAUUUCAUCUAUGGAAAUGGAAUUUUUGUUGAAAUUCUUUGAGGAUAGAAAAUAUUUAAUAACGAUAGAUAUAGAAGAAAGGAAUAUAUUUAUAAUUCUUAAAAAGAAUAUACAACCUGUUGAAGUACUAGAAGCAUACUUUUAUGCUUCAAUGUGUGGAUUUUACAUUUGUAUGGCAAAAAAAAUCCCAAUUGAUAUAUUGCUGAGAUCUGAAACAUCCGAACCAUCAUAUCCAAUGUUGAAUAUAUAUAUUCUUUAUAAAAAUAUGGAUUCAAAUAGUAAUGUACAAUUAUCGAUAGCUAUCCAGAGUGUCUGUGCUACAGAUUUAAUUGUCUCUAACGAGUAUAAAACAUUCCUUAGGAAUUUGGAUAUAAAUGGAUGGAAAACAAAAACAAAUUUAUUGGCAGUUGGUGAAUGGAGAUUUUCCGUUGAUAGAGAAUGUAAAUAAAAACUUAUUAGAUAAUUUAAAUAAUUAUAAAUUAUUAAAAACA